CGCUCUCUCUCUCUCUCAUCUUUGUUCACACCACAAAAAUUAAAAGCCGUGUUUGGCUCGAGAGAAAAUAUUAAGGAUGACGGGGAAAGAAGAUCUGGGUUUGAGUCUGAGUCUGAGUUUCCCUCACAGUCAUCACCUAAAUCUAACCCCUUCUUCUGCUAAUACUUGUUCUUCUCCUUCUGGUGUUCCCCUUCAAAAAGCCUCAUGGAACGAUGUCGUCUCUCCUCCUCCAUAUCCUAGCUCUGGAUAUUUCCCGGCCACCGAGGCUAGAACGUUUCUUAGAGGAAUCGACGUGAACCGGUUGCCGUCAACAGUCGACGGUGCAGAAGAAGCCGGGGUUUCAUCUCCAAACAGCACGAUAUCCAGUGUGAGCGAAAAAAGGAGCGAAAGAGAAGCGAAUGGAGGCAUCAUUGAUGACGAAGAUGGCGACACUUCAAGAAAAAAGCUUCGCCUUUCUAAAGACCAGUCAGCUAUUCUCGAAGAAAGCUUUAAGGAACACAACACUCUCAACCCAAAGCAAAAGUUGGCUUUGGCCAACCAACUGGGACUGCAGCCCCGACAAGUAGAAGUGUGGUUCCAAAACAGAAGGGCAAGGACUAAACUGAAGCAAACCGAGGUUGACUGUGAGUUCUUGAAGAGGUGGUGUGAGAAGUUGACGGAGGAAAACAAGCGGUUGCAGAAAGAAGUUGUGGAGCUGAGAGCACUGAAACGUUCCCCGCUUUUGUACAUGCAAAUGGCCCCACCAACUACCCUUACCAUGUGCCCAUCAUGCGUGAGGUUGUCGGUCCCACCCACCGUUGAUCAACGAUCCCAUCAUCUGGCCCAAACCUAUCAUAGGCCCAUCCCAAUAAGACCUCUGGCCCAUGGGCUGUGCGAAGGUCUUCGUCCUCGAUCGUAAUUGUCGAGUUUCGGUAUAUGUAAAAGUAUUUGAUUUAACAUAUGAUGGUUAGAAUUCUUGGUGUGGACCUAAGGAAUUUUGUUUCGGAUUUGAGCAAUGUAAUAUGUACGUGUGCUUGAGCGUAGAUGUAGAUGUAGAUCUUUUAAAAACUGAUGGUUAG